GUUGGGGCAGAUCUGAAAUAUGGGCAGUCUGAUCGAUGUCGCGGGUGGUGCCGGCUGUUGACCCGUCGCCACGCAAGAUUGCAGCAGCAGCAGAAGCAGCGCCAAUAGCCCCCCCAGCAAAGCCAAGGGCGAAAGCGAAAGAGAAGAAAAAGCACCUCGGCUCUCCAUCGCGGACGUACGUUACAGAUGACGCCAAUGACGACGACCAAGAAGAAGAAGAAGAAGAAGAAGAAGAAGAAGAAGAAGAAGAAGACUAUGGAGAUGGCGACCACCAAGAAGAAGAAGAAGAAGAAGAAGAAGAAGAAGAAGAAGAGGAAGAAGACGAUGGCGAUGGGGGCGAUGGCGGUGAUGAUGGAUCAGGCAAGACGCGGACCGAAAACGAGAUCGCAGCGACGCUUUGCGUUCUCCACCCAUUUCAUGUCGACGAGGCGGCGGGUUCGUUUGCGGUGCCGCCUCAGGCUCCCUUUGUCGCUCCAGAUUCCACACCUCCGUUUGACGAUGCGGAUAGCUCAGCGGCAGUCGGCGGCACGCCAUGUUCGGGCGGCAACAACAUCGUGCAAAUCUGUGUGCGGGACGCGUGUCGGAGACGGUUGUACGCUCUCCGCGACGCCAUGGCCGAUCUGGGUGACCAGCGCGGACCGGUCAGCGACGUUAUUGAUCGGCUGCUGCACUGGUCCUUGCCAGCCAUCCGAGCGGAGUAUGGAGACGAGGUAGGAGAUGUGAUUUCUUCUUCGUUGCCAUCUCGGGUGUGCGGUCGAGAUUUCACGUUGCGUUAUAUGCCAGGCGAUUCCGGUGUUGACUACGGUCAGGGGGGCUCGCAGGGUUCAGCAAGCGGAGGCUUUGGUGAGUCUCAUGACGGAUCGCAGAACUCGUUCCCGUCAUCGCGUCGUGCAUCGCAGCGCAGUGACAGAGGGCGCGACAGACCCCGCAGCGCGGGUUGUUGCACACGGACACCUGCCCGGCCGCAGACGUGGUGGGAUAGUUGGGACGGUGUUGACCAGUGCGGUCCUGGACCUGAAAUUGACCGUACCAGUGUUGAGAAGGCGAUGGCUAGAUGGAGUGGACCGACGGCGCCAGAUGUUGUGUUUCUUGAGCCGGUUAAGCUUCUUCAAUUGCUGGCCAUGUUUCAUCUAUAUUGCCCGUGGCACAAGGGCUCGUGCCGUGUGUCUGUGGAGUCCGUCUCGUAUCCUGCGCAGCUCUGGAUGUGCUCGGUGCACAAACCGACAUUCUACAAGUUUAUGCACACUGAACCGGGGGGGGCGGAGGGGUGGAAUGCCAAGGUCGUACGGCAUGGCAAAUAUUGCGAGCUUGCCAUUGACACUGUGAUGCGCCGUGGUGAGCCAGUGAUAUUGAUGGCUGAUGGUCGAUAUAACUCUGUCAGAGACGCGCAGCAUGGCACUGUCACCGCGAUGGAGUACGAGACUCGGCUUGUUGUAGGUGUUCACACUCUCCGUCCGAAGAUUGAAGGCAAGGCAUCGAAUGCACUUGAGGUGCCAGCCGUCGUGCAACUUUUGCGAGGGUUGAUGGACAAGGAGUUGAAAAUCCGGUGCGUUGUCUCGGAUGAUUGUGCGGCGCUGGGACCGAAGUUGCGAGCUAUGAACAUCGAGUGGCAGAAGGAUUGCCACCACAAAAUAAAAAACAUUCGAAAGCACUUCCAUAGUAUGCUGCAACUGAAGGAAGCGAAGAAAGUGAGCAGCCCGCACGACUAUGUAUCAGAGGCGCAGUUCAUGCAGUUCACGAAGAAGCGGCUAAAGGAGGCGUUGGAGCAGCGUUUUGGACUUGACGUCCUCACACCUGCUGAGGAGCGGCUGAAGAAAUCGGACUUCGUCGCUGUCGUCAUGCGAAAGAUGUACCCCUACGGAUCGAGGUUGAAUCCUCGAGUGUUGGAGACUGAUCCAGACGUCUUGACAGAGUAUCAUGCGCAUCAGGUUGGGAUGUGGUUCCUCCGCGCUUGCCAGCUGUGAAGGGACGAGGGCGGAGACGCCGACAGUCUACACCGCGACAUCAUGUUGGUCGCCGAUCAUUGGGCUGAUAAUCAUUCAGGAUGUGUGGACAGUAGGGAGGUUCUCUGCGAGAAGGUCCGUGGGCGUGCACGAUUGCCUUUGUGUAGCCGCACAGACACGGUCUACGAGCUCGUUCUGCGUGUUCUCGAUAAACAAUGCAGCACUAA